AACAUUACACACCUUUACCUACUUCAGACAGGAAUUGGGAGAGCAAGCUGACCUCUCUGGGAGGCCUCAGCACCGACCUCCAAAACUGAUCAAGUCUGACAAACACAUUUCCUGUGUCAGCAGAGGGUGCAUCCUCACUAACCAGGUGAGGACCCUCCAACUCGCUGGCAGACUCCACAUGCUCACCUGCUGGGAAUGAGAUUUUGAGGAGAGGAUGACGUGAGAGCACUGGGCAGCAUGUUUAAUACCUGGAAGCCGAUGUGGGUCGUGCUCUUAGAAGAUGGAAUUGAAUUCUACAAACGGAAGGCUGACAGCAGUCCCAAAGGGAUGAUCCCACUGAAAGGGAGUUCUAUAAAUAGCCUAUGCCAAGAUUUUGGCAGAAGAAUGUUUGUCUUCAAGCUCACUGCAGCCAAGCAGCAGGACCACUUCUUUCAAGCUGCCUACCUGGAGGAAAGAGAUGCCUGGGUGCGGGAUAUCAAGAAAGCAAUUCGCUGCAUAGAUGGGGGCCAAAGGUUUGCCAGAAAAUCCACAAGAAAAUCUAUCAGACUGCCUGAAACAAUCAACCUGAGUGCUUUGUACAUCUCAAUGAAAGAUCCUGAAAAGGGAAUAAAGGAGUUGAAGCUGGAAAAAGAUAAAAGAGUGUACAAUCACUGCUUUACAGGCACCUGUGUGAUUGACUGGCUGGUGUCCAGCAACUCUGUCCGAAACCGCAGAGAAGGUCUCCUGCUCGCCUCUUCCCUCCUGAGUGAAGGCUACCUCCAGCCUGCCGGGGAUACAUCCAAGGCUGCUGCUGAGGGGCUGUCAGACACCCCCUUCUUAGAUCUCAGCGAUGCCUACUAUUACUUUCCAGACAGUGGGUUUUUCUGUGAGGGAUAUUCCAGUGAUGAUGACGUGGUCCUGAAAGAGGAAUUCAGAGGCACAAUUGUCAAACAAGGAUGUUUGCUGAAACAGGGACAUCGGAGGAAGAACUGGAAAGUGAGAAAGUUUGUUUUAAGAGAUGAUCCUGCAUAUCUUCACUACUAUGAUCCUGCUGGAGGAGAAGAACCACUGGGAGCAAUUCACUUGAGAGGCUGCGUGGUGACAGCAGUGGAAGAUAUGCCAGACACCAAGAAGUAUGAUGUUGACAACAUCCUCUUUGAAAUCAUCACAGCAAAUGAAACCCACUAUUAUAUGCAAGCAGCCUCAUCCACAGAGCGUUCAGAGUGGAUCAAAGCAAUCCAGACAGUUGCUAGGACUGGAAAAUGAAGAUGACCUGCCAGUGGGAAGACAGACAACUGAAAUUGGUUACUCAAAACAGAACAGGAAUUUCAGCAUUUCAGUGAGAGAAAGCAAUAUCAUCCAGAGAGGUGUUCUAAGGCUUGUGGGUUGGGGGUGAGGACAGGUAGAAAUUUUCAAUUCUACAGUGGGCACUAACAAACUAACAUUUUUCCACUUGUGUUAUGGUAAUAUUUCACUAAAUUAUAAAAUAGGACAUUAGUGUGUGCUGCUUAAUCAGCCUACCUUGAGAAGGUUGUACUAAGUAUCUUUCCCUGCUGCCACAGCUGAGAGUGAGAAUUUCACCAUUAACAGAGGACAGUCAUGUCACUGCCUCUCAGGAGCUCGAUUAGUCACCCUCCAUUCAGCCUGUAUUGUGUUUCAGGAUUUUCAUGCAUUUCAAAUUCCUCCUCAGACAAGCUUUACACCUUCUCCCUCACCAGAUCUUUUUCCUGCUUGUUCACCUAUUCAAGUAAUGUCAUAGAUUAAAGGAAAGAAAUCAACUCACUUGGACACCUGAUCCACUCCUUUAUAAUCUGUCAGCACUGAGGGAGGGAAGAAUACAAGCAACUACGGAAUCACCGUGGGGAAAGCAAGUACAGCCCAAUGACAGCAGUAUGAGGAAAAGUCUCUUCCCACAAUAUUUCAAACAUGAAGCAAAUUCACUUCAACUUCUUCAUCACCCAACUUUGCUCUUUGCUAAAUUUCUCCACAAGAAUCUGCAGUAGUACCAUUGUAUCCCUUUGUUUAGGUCUGCAAAGCAGUUGCUGAGGUGUCAUGUACUGUACUAUGCUUGAAUUAAGAAUCUUCCAGGAAAAGGGAAACGAUCCAUGAACUGGUUACUUGAACUACUGAUUGAAGUGGGUUUGACCAGCUUUUUAUUUUUUAACCUCCAGCAACAUACUCAGUCCUUGAUUCUGUACCUUAAGAGGAACCUUGUCCUUGCUGUAACUGAAAUAAAUGUUAUUAUUUGACAGGAUCAGGUUACCUGAUCUAUCCUUGUA